AUGGCAGUUUGGGUAGCAACUACCGGUUCAAAAAUUCCAGAGGAUGCAAUAAGAGCAGGGUACGAGACAGAUGGGCGACCACUUUUUAUUGCCCGAGCAAAGAUUCAUGGUAUCAUGACGUCUGGAAAAUGCGGUUUUCACCUUCCUGGAGCCCAUAUCCCAUAUGGAAGGAAAGAAGAAAUCAUCAAUCAGUACGAGGUGUUGGUUUUGCCCUUGAGAAAACCUGGUUUUUUAGAUUGGCAGAAGGCUUGUUUACGGCCCCUCAAAAAGGAAGCCGUGUUUGAUAACUGUGCAUACAUUAGCUAUUGUGGAGCUGAAUUCAGUUACAAGGAUUAUGAGGCCCUGUGUACAAAGCAUUUCGAAUGA